AAGGAAAUAAGAGCUGCUCGGGUGUGUAACACAGCUGGUUUUAAAGUCAAGGUGGAUGCAAAAAUAGGUGGUUGUUACUCUUCCGCUCCUAGGCCGGCAGGGUCACUUCCGGGAGGGGGCGGGAAAAUAAGAGGAGGCGUGCCUGGAAGGAGGCCGUUUGUAGCGCACCAGGCGGAAGUGUGCCAAAGGGAUCAGGGCUACCGCUUCCGGUCCGCUACAACUCGGCAUAGGUGCGCGGCGUGGUCUGUGUCAUGUGGCGAUAGGCUUCCGAGCUCAAGUCAGAAAGUGAGGAAGCCACAAGCAACGUCCAGGAUCAAGAGGCUGGAUUCUAGUGGAAAGACUGGUAAAAAAGAGCCAGGAACCUGAAUACAACCUAUCCGCUGUUUCCGAGGGGGCAAAUUCCACGGGGAACCCCCCUCUGCCCUGGUAACGGCCAAAGAGGAGGAGAUGGCGCCAGCCAGGGAGCGGCUGUGGCCAAGACAGUGAAGAAGCGCGAAGGCGGAGCAACCAAGAAGCCUGAGGAAAAGAAUCAGAGCCGACGCUGUCACCACUGCCACCACCACCAUGGAAGGAGCAAAGCCGACACUACAGCUUGUGUACCAGGCAGUGCAGGCGCUUUACCACGACCCAGAUCCCAGCGGAAAGGAGCGCGCCUCGUUUUGGCUUGGGGAGCUGCAGCGUUCGGUUCAUGCAUGGGAAAUUUCUGACCAAUUGUUACAGAUCCGGCAGGAUGUGGAAUCAUGCUAUUUUGCUGCACAAACCAUGAAGAUGAAGAUUCAGACCUCAUUUUAUGAGCUCCCUACAGACUCUCAUGUCUCUUUAAGGGACUCAUUGCUAACCCAUAUACAGAACUUGAAAGAUUUGUCACCUGUCAUUGUAACACAGCUGGCUUUAGCAAUAGCAGACCUUGCCCUGCAAAUGCCUUCCUGGAAGGGAUGUGUACAGACGUUGGUGGAAAAAUACAGCAAUGAUAUAACUUCUCUGCCUUUUUUGCUGGAGAUCCUUACAGUGUUGCCUGAAGAAGUACAUAGUCGUUCCUUAAGAAUUGGAGCUAAUCGGCGCACAGAAAUUAUAGAAGAUUUGGCCUUUUACUCUAGUACAGUAGUAUCCCUAUUGAUGACCUGUGUAGAAAAGGCAGGAACAGAUGAAAAAAUGCUUAUGAAGGUCUUUCGCUGUUUGGGAAGUUGGUUUAACUUGGGUGUUUUGGAUAGCAACUUCAUGGCCAAUAACAAGUUGCUAGCACUCCUUUUUGAGGUUUUGCAGCAGGAUAAGACCUCAUCCAACCUACAUGAAGCUGCUUCAGAUUGUGUGUGCUCAGCUCUCUAUGCCAUAGAGAAUGUGGAGACUAAUUUGCCAUUAGCCAUGCAACUUUUUCAGGGAGUCCUGACAUUGGAGACUGCCUAUCAUAUGGCCGUGGCACGUGAAGAUUUAGACAAAGUUCUGAAUUACUGCCGUAUUUUCACUGAAUUAUGUGAAACUUUUCUUGAAAAAAUUGUUUGUACUCCAGGCCAAGGUCUUGGAGAUCUACGAACUCUAGAAUUGCUUCUGAUCUGUGCAGGGCAUCCUCAAUAUGAGGUAGUAGAAAUUUCCUUUAAUUUUUGGUACCGACUAGGGGAGCAUUUGUACAAAACUAAUGAUGAGGUCAUACAUGGCAUCUUCAAAGCUUACAUUCAGAGGCUGCUUCAUGCCUUGGCUAGACACUGCCAGCUGGAACCAGACCAUGAGGGGGUUCCUGAGGAAACAGAUGACUUUGGAGAGUUUCGAAUGAGGGUAUCAGACUUGGUAAAGGACUUGAUUUUCUUGAUUGGGUCUAUGGAAUGUUUUGCUCAGUUAUAUUCUACUCUGAAAGAAGGCAACCCACCCUGGGAGGUGACUGAAGCGGUUCUCUUUAUCAUGGCUGCUAUAGCAAAGAGUGUUGAUCCGGAGAACAACCCAACACUUGUGGAAGUUCUAGAAGGAGUUGUCCGUCUCCCAGAGACUGUACAUACAGCUGUGCGAUAUACUAGCAUUGAGUUGGUUGGAGAAAUGAGUGAAGUGGUUGAUCGAAAUCCUCAAUUCCUUGACCCUGUGUUGGGCUAUUUGAUGAAAGGCCUGUGUGAAAAGCCCCUGGCUUCUGCUGCAGCUAAAGCCAUUCAUAACAUUUGCUCUGUCUGCCGAGAUCACAUGGCUCAGCACUUUAAUGGACUCCUAGAAAUUGCCCGAUCCCUUGAUUCCUUCAUGUUAUCUCCAGAAGCUGCUGUGGGCUUGCUAAAAGGGACAGCACUCGUCUUAGCCAGAUUACCUUUGGAUAAGAUUACUGAAUGUCUUAGUGAAUUAUGUUCUGUUCAGGUUAUGGCAUUGAAAAAGCUGUUGUCUCAGGAGCCCAGCAAUGGCAUUUCCUCAGAUCCUACUGUGUUCUUAGAUCGCUUGGCAGUGAUAUUUAGACACACCAAUCCCAUUGUGGAAAAUGGACAGACUCAUCCAUGCCAAAAAGUCAUUCAGGAAAUAUGGCCAGUUUUAUCUGAGACUCUAAAUAAGCACCGGGCUGAUAAUCGGAUUGUAGAGCGUUGUUGCAGGUGCCUGCGCUUUGCUGUUCGUUGUGUGGGCAAAGGAUCUGCAGCUUUGCUGCAGCCACUUGUCACACAGAUGGUAAAUGUGUACCAUGUACAUCAGCAUUCCUGUUUCCUGUACCUCGGCAGCAUCCUUGUGGAUGAGUAUGGCAUGGAAGAAGGCUGUCGGCAGGGACUACUAGACAUGCUCCAGGCACUGUGCAUCCCCACCUUUCAGCUCCUAGAACAGCAGAAUGGCCUUCAGAAUCACCCUGACACUGUAGAUGACCUGUUCAGGUUAGCCACCCGGUUUAUUCAGCGUAGCCCUGUCACCUUACUGAGGAGCCAAGUAGUCAUCCCAGUCUUACAGUGGGCCAUUGCCUCUACUACCCUGGAUCACCGGGAUGCCAAUUGUAGUGUUAUGAGGUUCCUAAGAGACCUCAUCCAUACAGGGGUAGCCAAUGAUCAUGAAGAUGACUUUGAGUUACGUAAAGAACUGAUUGGACAGGUGAUGAACCAGCUUGGGCAGCAGCUUGUAAGCCAGCUGCUCCACACAUGCUGCUUUUGUCUCCCCCCUUAUACCUUACCAGAUGUGGCUGAAGUGCUCUGGGAGAUCAUGCAGGUUGAUAGACCGACCUUUUGUCGAUGGUUAGAGAAUUCCUUGAAAGGUUUGCCAAAGGAGACAACCGUGGGAGCUGUCACAGUGACACACAGACAACUUACAGACUUCCACAAACAAGUCACUAGUGCUGAGGAAUGUAAGCAAGUUUGCUGGGCUUUGAGAGACUUCACCAGGUUGUUUCGAUAGCUCACACUCCUACACUGUGCCUGUCACCCAGGAAUGUCUUUUUAAAUUAGAAGACAGGAAGAAAACAAAACCCAGACUGUGUCCCACAAUCAGAAACCUCCAUUGUGGCAGAGGGGCCUUCACUGCCCCCAGGGCAUCCCGCCAGACAGGGAGAGACUCCAGCCUUCCAGGCAUCCCGAGGAGUUCCUGUUUGGGGGUGUGAGGGGAAAUCAGCACGGUUUGAAAAAGAUGGCUGCAGCCUGUCCGGCGUGGUGGGAGGGUAGCUGGUUUUCUGGUGAACUUGUUUCUAAAAGGAAAAAUGAUUUUGAGGAAAUAAAAGGAAAAAAAGGAAAGAAAACUAAACUAAAUGGAAACAUUCACCUGGUAGCAAAUGACAAAUGUACACACUCUCACACGCUCAUGUGCAGUGCACAUACAGAAAACCAAAAGUGAGGAUUUUCUGUGAAACAAAACUUUCACUUAGGAAAAAUGUGGGAAUUCUAAUGUAUUAAAAUAGCUGCAAGUGAAAGUAAAGGGUCAGAGUCAUCUCUGAAGGUUUCUAUCAUUUUGUCUUCUUUCCUUCUCCUACCCUCCCUUCUUCCCCUUCCCUCUCAAAUGAAUUUUUAAAAAAAUUCCUCCUCCCUGUUUCUUUCCCAUCUUAGAGUUGUUCCAAUGGCCUAGUCUGCUUUAUAUCAUGGUCACAUUGGUGAUUCUCAGGACCAGACAGGGUCAAAAUUCAUAUUCAUGUAGAACCAGCUUUGGCUCUGUUCUGUCUAAAUCUCCUUCCAUUCCACAUGAGGUUGUUGUCAGCCUUGGAGAAAAGAGCCAAAUUGGGGUGGGUAAGGUAGGAUACAAAUGUGUAUUGUUUUAAUUUUUUUAAGGUUUUUUUUUUUUUUUUAGUGAAUUAUUUUGCCUCUGCCUCGCAAGCGCAAGGUCCUGAGUUUGAUCCCUGGUACCAAAAAAUAAAUAGAAAUAAAGUGAAUUAUUUACCCACAGACAUUCGAGAAAAAGGGUGUGAGUAUGAAGAAAAAAUGUUUACAAGGUGAAUUGUAUUUCACUAAAAAGUGUGGACAUUUAUUGACUUCUGAGGGGUAAGGCUGAAGAGGGAACCCCAAAACAGAUCCUAAUGUUUUGAAGGAGUACAGCCCUUCACAGCCUUUAGAUGUGAGGGCACUGUUCUGCCUGGUGUUGUAGCCAUCUCAAGAACAAAUCAACAGCAACAACAACAAAAAAGGAAAAACAAUAAAUUUUUAAAAUUUACUAAGUGUUUCCUUGUUUUACUUCAUUUACUGCCUUGUAUCUCCGAACUGAUUCGCCUAGAGCAGCUGAGCAAGCAUCCUUAGCUGGCACCUAGUACAUGUCUGGGCAUGCCGCAGACCCUCAGGGAGGUAGCUCGUUCUGCACCCUUCAGUCCUGGUUCAUCCCAGUGCUCCUCGUGUUGCACUCUGCCGUCCCGUGCCAGCUCAGUGGGAAAGGUGCAGGGGUUCCUCUUCGUGACAGAAAUAUUCUGUAUUCUCUCAGCCGCAGUUAUUAAAGUAUAAUUGACAACAAUACAUUGCACAUACUUAAAGUGUACAAUUUGAUAUACCCAGGAAACAAGACAGUGAAUAUACUCUUUACCCCCAAAAUCUCCUUGAGCCCCUGGGAAAUUCCUCAUUCCUGCCUUUUCCCAUCCCCAUACCAUCAGGUAAACACUGGCCUGUUUCCUGGCUCAAUAGAUUAGAUUUUUCCUUUUAUUUUGUUUUCUAGAAUGGGAUCAGAUAGUAUAUUAUGGUAAUUGGGUUUUGAGCUGACUGCUGAACUGCAUCUGUUUUGAUACAUCUGACAGUGUUGUUGGCACUGACAUUUCUCUGCUUUGCCUUUACCAUGUAGGUCACUUUUAACUUUUUCACUCUUGGGCUUAAAUCUUCAAGCUGAAGAACAAUAUUGGGAGUCGGUGAAACAAGCCUUCUAGCAUACAAUCUGCAAUACUUGGGUUUUUCUCUAUAAAGUCAUUGCUAGAAGGGGAGCAAAACACGUGAGUGUUUGAGGUAAGAUUAUCAGAUCCUGUGGAUCAGCACAUCAUCCCAGCCAUUUGUCAUGCUCCAGUUAAACAAAAUUAAACCUAAUCU